AUGGGAUUCGAAGCUAUACUAAAAGAAAACGAGAGUCAUGAUUCUCUCAUGUCAAUCGUUCGCAACAGAUACAGUUUGGGGAGUAAAACCUCCGUCGUCCUGACAUUCAACAUUCUGGCAAAAAUGUUGGCUCCUACAGGGCUUUUACCGGUGCCGGUUGACAUAGCAACAGACUCUGAUGUGGCUAUGUUCAUGGGGGUCCGACUAGGAUACCCCGAUUUGGCUAUGUUUGUGACUGUCGGAGCUGAAGCAGUCGCUAGCUACCAAUUCUACUGUAGAUCCCCCUUUGUGAUCGGAGGAAAAUCUUUUCUACCUGAAGACGCAUCUACAGCCGUUGAGGAGAAAAGGCCUGACUUCCUGAGUAAGUGA